UAUAAACGCCAUUACUACCAAGCUGUCGGCAGCCGAGUCAUCUUCCACUCUACAGUAGGAGAAGCACUCGUCGCUUGUGAAAAUUUCCCUCUGCCUCUCCAAAGAACAAAAUGAGACGUGUUGUGUUGAUGAUGAAGAUGUACAUUCUUCUGUUUGGGACAGCCAUCCUUGGAAUUUACGAAUUGGCCGGUGUAUAUUCCCUGAAUGUCAUCACAGUACAGCCAGGACCAGUACAAGUGAAGCAAGGAAAGAAUGUCAGUCUGUGUUGUAAACUGAAAUACGACCCUAAGCCAGUGGUGCCAGUUAAUUGGCAGUCGCCCCCAAAUUUCAAAACAAGAACUCACGAUUGUGAUUGUUAUGAAAAUCCCAAGGAUAAAUAUGCCAUGUCAUGUUCAGACACUAUCGACCAUUUUGGGUUUUAUAAUAUGACAAUAAUGGAUGUCGAAUGGGCCGAUAAUGGGAUAUAUCGGUGUCUGUAUACCAACCAUAUGAGCACUGUGGAUUUACAGGUUUUGGUUCCGGUUACAGAUGUGACACUAGAUAAAGUCAUCCACAAAUUCACUGCAGAGCCACAGCACUUGUUUGAGUACUUCACCUGUACCACAAACUGUGCAUCACCGGCACCCAAGAUUUCAUGGUCAGUAAAUGACCAAACCUUUAAUGGCAAGACAAUGGUCAGCGAGUUAGGCUGCUCAGGGGCCAAGAAGGGCCAGAAACGGAUUAUGAGCACAGUGAUAGUGGUGAGCACAGACAUGGAUGAGGAGAGAAAAGAAUAUAACAUUUCCUGUACGGCAGAAAACGUUAUUGGAGAGCCAAAGGUUUCUAAGGCAAUAACUGUCAAUAAUGUUGUUCCGGUUACAGAUGUGACACUAAAAAAAAGGGUCAGUCUGAGCACAGCGGAAGAGCCCCAGCGCUACGAGUACUUUACCUGCACAACAAACUGUGCAUCACCAGCACCCAAGAUUUUAUGGUUUGUAAAUGAUCAACCCUUUAAUGGCGACGCAUCUGUUAGCGUGUCAGACUGCUCAGGGGCCAAGGAGGGCCAGAAACGGACUGAGAGCACAGUGUUAGUAGUUAGCCCAGACAUGGAGAAAGAGAGAAAAGAAUAUAAAAUGUCCUGUACGGCAGAAAAUGUUAUUGGAGAGCCAAAGGUUUCUGAGGCAAUAACUGUCAAUAAUGUUGUAAACCCAGGUCCACCUCAGCUCAAAAUGGUUGAAGUUGCUUCUGCAGCAGCGACAACAGCACUAUCUCCUUGGCUUGUCACAGCAAUCAUCAUAAUUGCUGUGCUCGAAAAUUAUCGUCAACAGCUUAUCAGAGAGCAUUAACAGUGGCAGUCCAACCUGUUGAGACAAACCCACAGUUACUAUAAGAUUUCCCUUUCCCGAUAUCAACCACACCCCAGAGAAUUUGGCUUCGAACAACAUCGCUGAUCAAGACAGUAGCGACCAGACCAAUAUGGCUUGUUACUGACUUCGGGGGAGACCUUGGAUGACAACCAGUCAAGAAGAAGGAAAAGUGGUAUAUGACUCGGACAGUAAACGACUGUAAAGGUUUACCGCAGUUGGCCAAGCCGACUUACCAGCAGUGAAUGUCAGGCCUCCUUAGCCUUCGAUGGCAACCAGUCAAGAAGAAGGAAAAGUGGUAUAUGACUCGGGCAGUAAACGAGGGCUAAUCCUGAUAACUGCACCUCACUUUUAAAUAGGAAAGGAGAAGGUUCAUUUUCACUGCCUGAGAAAAUGUAAAAAGUAGGGUGAAACGUUCGUCGUGCGGCAGAUUAAGGACUAAUUAAGAACUUUUGGCUUUACCAACUAGGCCUAUAUUGUGCUCAAUAUUGCGAUAAUAUGCAUGUACAUAAUAUGAUAUAAAUAUAAGGCCUGAGUAACUCCAAAAAUAAACUUCUCAAUUUUUCUGCAUAUCAAAGCAGGACAGCUCAGCGAUGCAUCAAAAAAACAUCAUUCUUUUCAUAUAUACCAAUCAGGUCUUAUCAGUUAUAUAUUGUGAAAAUUUAUUGAUACUGAUAAGAAUAUUGUAAAGAGUCAUUGCGUGUAAUUCAUGCCAUUGUGUCAAAUACUAAGACCAAUGAAGGUUCAGAAACUGACCCAAAUAACACUGACUUUCGGUUUAGUUGAAUAUCGUAAAUUGUAAUGAUAAUCUCCCGUCCAAUACUGUGAUUAAACUGUAAAUAGCAUAAAAUAAGUUUCCUCCACAGAAGAGUCCGUCCAUGUAUAAGGCUUAGAGGAAUUUCUGCUGGUCGUAGGAUCUUACUGUCACAUGCAUAUUGUAGAAUAAUUACAAAAUUUUAAUACAAAGCAUUUUAAUCUCAGGUGCCCUUAUGGUUUAAUUUAUGCAUUUUGAAUUAGCAUAAACAAUAAAUUCUGUGAUAUUUUAUACUUCACUGUGAUUCUUUCAAAAAGCUGGACAAGGAAAGAGCAGAAGAUGUGUUUUGAAAUAUCAAGUAUUAAAUCCUUUAUAUGAUUGAAAUUACUGUCUGUCAUCUAUGAUAUCGUAAUGAACAGUCCUUCAUCACCCUUCUAUAGAAUACUGAAGAAAGGACGCGGGUGGGAGGGGGGGG